GCUGACCCCUCCCCUCCCGCGCAUCGCUGCUACUUGUCUUUCCGGAAACGCCGGUCCUCGGCCCGUAGCGCCGCCGCCGCAGCCAUGGGGGGCAAGAACAAGCAGCGGACCAAGGGCAAUGUGCGGCCUUCUAGCAGUGGCCGGGCUGCAGAGCUCCUCGCCAAAGAACGUGGAACAGUGCCUGGGUUUAUUGGCUUUGGAACAUCGCAGAGUGAUCUAGGUUAUGUUCCUGCAGUUCAGGGUGCAGAGGAAAUAGACAGCCUCGUGGAUGCUGAUUUUCGAAUGGUCUUGCGAAAACUCUCUAAAAGGGAUAUCAUAACAAAAUUAAAAGCUAUGCAAGAGUUUGGUGCGAUGUGCAAAGAAAGAGAAGCAGAAGUUGUUAAAGGUGUUCUUCCUUACUGGCCAAGAAUUUAUUGUAAAAUCUCACUAGAUCACGAUCGCCGUGUUCGAGAAGCAACUCAGCAAUCUUUUGAGCAGCUGAUUCUUAAAGUGAAAAAACACUUGGCGCCUUACUUAAAAAGUAUCAUGGGAUACUGGCUAAUUGCACAAUGUGACACUUACUCCCCUGCUGCUUCUGCUGCAAAAGAAGCUUUUGAAAAAGCUUUUCCUUCAAGCAAACAACCCGAAGCCUUAGCGUUCUGUAAAGAUGAAAUUCUUAAUGUUCUUCAAGAUCAUCUUCUGAAAGAAACACCUGACACGCUCAGUGAUCCUCAAACUGUACCAGAGGAAGAAAGAGAAGCCAAAUUUUUCCGGAUUUUGACCUGUUCCUUGUUAGCUUUAAAAAAGUUGCUUAGCAUGCUGCCAAAGAAAGAGGUGCAUUCAUUGGAGGAAAAAUUAAUGUCGCUUCUGUCUCAAAACAAAUUUUGGAAAUAUGGUAAACACAGCACACCACAGGUUCGUUCAGCUUUCUUUGAGCUGGCUUCUGCUUUUUGCCAGUACUUGCCUGAGCUGGUGAAAGCUGAAGCACCAAGAGUUUGUCCCGCUGUUCUUCUCAAUAUUGAUGACAGUGAUGCAGUGGUGUGUCCUGCUCUUUGGGAAGCUGUCCUUCAUGCUAUUGCCACUAUUGAGGACUGUUGGAGUCAUGUAAAUGCCAGAAAAGGAGUUCUACCAAAACUGUGGACAGUACUUCGAGAAGGUGGACGAGGGCUAGCUACUGUUAUAUACCCAAAUAUUUUGCCAUUCAUUAGCAAGAUACCUCCUGGCAUCACAGAACCAAAGCUGGAAUAUUUCAGAACUUUUUUCAGCUCAGUGAUUCAAGGGUUGUCAAAUGAGCGGGCACUAGCCAGUCCUUCAGAGAGUUCAGCAAUUAUAACUACUUUUAUGGAAUGUCUGCGCUUUGCCAUACUACAGAAAAUAGAUGAAGAUGAACAAAGACAAAUACAUCAGAUGUUAAUAUAUGACCAGCUAAUUCCUCUAACUGAUGCUGUACUUCAGGAGCCCAGGUUACAAAAUGGACCAUUAUUUUAUCAACUAGCAGAAACAAUAAGCUCCUGGGAAGCGAAAGCUGAAGUCUCUAGUGAUGAUAAUACAAAUGAAGUUUUCCAGAAACUAUUGUCAAAUUUUUGGGACCGUCUUUUAAAAAUGUGUAUACUUCAUGUUGAUAAGUUGGAGGCUGAUGAGAAGACAUUGUUUGCCAUAUCUGAUAUGCUGGAAUUUCUUCAAAAUCCAAAGACUGCUACGAAACUAAACAAUAGAAAAUCCCUAAAAGUAAAAUUUUCAGAUGAGGAUGAAUCUGAAAGGAACACGGAGAAUGGAAAGAUCACAGAAGUGAGGAAUAAUAGUGGCUCUGAAAUACAAGCUGACCUGCAGCAUAGUUCAAUUCUAAGGAAAGAACCUUUAGAAAAUUUAGUCUGCCACCUUUCUGAGCUGAGUAUUGUAUAUGUCAAUGAACAGAAAUCAGAGCAGCAUUUGAAAUUCCUUUCUGCCCUCCUCAACUCUUUUUCAUCUAACAGAGUUUUUCAAGUACUUCUAGAGCCGGGAAGCAAUGCAAGUUGUCCUCCAGCUGAAUCUCAAGAAGACAUAAAAGUUCAUAAUGAAAAUCCAUCUGUACAAUUUCUCUAUAUGAAUUUAAUAACUUGGCUUAAAGAAGACUGGAGGAAAGACAUGCAUUUUCUGGUUGAUAUUUUGUACAGUGUGCUUAACUGUUGCAACAGUAAUGAUGAAAGGAAAGUCAUUCUUGAUGAUUUAAUGAAGAUGGACCUGAAAUGGAUUGUUUUUCUCCAGAUAAUUGAGAAGGCAUGCUCUAGCACAACAAAACUCUCGUUAAUCUCUGGGUGGCUGAAAGGAGAUAUGCUUGGAGAAAGACUUGUCAUGCUGGCAGAUGAUCUGUGUCACCUGGGUUUAAAACCAAUAGCAACCUCACCAGAAUCAUCCUCUUCAGAAAAAUGGACCGUCCUGAGCUUGGUGUUGUCACAACACAUUAAAAAUGAAUCUUUGAUUGGUGAAACUUACGUCAAAAGGAUUAUUGAUAAACUUCAAGCAGCACUGUCUAAAGCUAAGGAUCUUUCAGAAGCUGGAAAUACUGAACCAUCUGUAUCUUUUAUCUGUGAUGUAGCUUCAAGCUUUUUCAGUUCAGUUAAAGGGUGUUUACUGAUGCCAUCCUCAGAAGACUUGCUGCUUACCAUCUUCCAACUUUGUGCUCAGAGGCAGGAUGCCACACAUUUAACAGAUUUGCUUGCAAGCAAGUUAAAGCACACUUGGAUAUCUGGUGUAAAUUCGCUCGUCCGUCAUCUUCGGAAUAUGCAGAAUCAGAGCACCUUUUUGCAUAAAUCUGCACUAUGGAUCAAGAAUCAAAUUCAGUCUUCCUCUUUAGAUGUCAAAAGCCUUCAGGUUUUGAUCUCUGCAGUUAGUGACUUAUUGUCUACACUUCUGGAAGCUGACAGACAGUCUGGAUGUCUUGUGGGAGCUUAUAUUGAGCACGUUAUGCCAAACAGAACUGAAUGGGAAAAAUUACGUGAGUCUCUUUCUGCUGAGUGGAUGCACAAACCUCUUUUGGAAGGAAGGCUGAGUAUGAAUUGUGAACAUUUGGGAUCAUGUGUUAAGCUAUGUGGCACAACUAAACUUCCAGGACAUCUGUGUACUUCAGCCUUAUUAAGUAAAAUGGUGCUACUUGUACUGGAAAAUGAUAUGGUGAAGGGAAAUGAGGAUGCUGAAAGAAAGAAAAUUGACAAUAUAAUUGCAGAACUGUUGUAUUCAUUACAAUGGAUUGAAGAAUUGGAGAAUCCUCCUUAUCUGCUUCUGGAAUAUCUACAUAUGUUAGAAGAAAUGCACAUCACAUAUGAGAAGUUCAGUGCACUCAGUAAUACAACUAACCUUCAGCAAACAAUAUUUGAUAGAUCAGAGGAACACGGAAGACUCUGGUCCUUAACCAUGGCCAAAGUGAUUCAUGGAGAAGACGCUGUAUCCUAUGAGAUGAAAAAGCUUUUUAAGACGAGCGAAGGGUUUCUGCCAUUAACAGAGGGCAGAUUGCAUACACUUCAGUGCCUAUCACCCUUUUUAAUUGAGGAAGAGAAGAGAGAACUUGUUUUUCACUGCGUGGCCAAACUUAUGACAUGUCCACAGACAGAGCUCUCCAGUACUGAUGGAGCUUUUGGGUGUCUCUCCAUUUUGAAUUCCUGCUUGAAAGACAAAAGUUUUGGUUGUGAUCACCUCUUACCCGGAGUACUAAAAAUCAUAAUAUCUUGGAAAAAUGAUAAUGAGGACAGCUUCCUCUUUAGCUGCAAUCUGAAAGAAACAAGUGCUCAAUUGCUUGGUUUCAACAUAGAGAUGAUCCGCUACCUUCCCUUAUUGCUGAGGUAUUCUACAGCUCCUUUGGCUGAUAAUGAAUGGGACUUUAUCAUGUGCUCCAUGCUGGCUUGGUUGGAGACAACAUCUGAAAACCAUUCACUCUAUCAUGUCCCACUUGUGCAGAUUUUUGCCUGUGUCAGUUGUGACCUGGCAUCUGCUCUCAGUGCUUACUUUGAACCUGCAGCUUCUAAGACUAUUGAAAACCUUCCUGCGAAUUUGGUCAGUGAAUGGAAAGAAUUCUUUUCUGAAGGAAUUCACAAUUUGCUGCUACCUCUGUUUGUGAAAGUCACAGGAGAAACAAAAACUGCAGCUGAAGGCUCUUUUCAGAACUCCGUAUUAAUGUCUUUGGGUGAAGCUCUAACUUACAUCUCGAAGGAUCAGUUGUUAAACCAUAAGCUACCAGCAAAGUUUGUUGCAGGCCAGAAAACAAAUCUUCCAGAUAAUCUACAGACUCUGUUAAAUACAUUAUCUCCACUGCUGCUUUUCCGGGCUAGAUCUGUUCAGGUUUCAGUCUACCACAUGUUGUAUAAGUUAAUGCCUGAGUUGCCUAAAUUUGAUGAUGAAGAUCUCAAGUCCUAUGGUGAUGAAGAGGAGGAAUUAGCAUUAUCACCUCCAGCAGCUCUUAUGUCUGUCCUUGCCACCCAAGAGCUCUUGCUAGAAAACAUCCUAGAAUGCAUUCCAGUUGGAGAGUUUGCAGUUAUUCAGCCCUUGAGCGAUGAGUUCUGCCUUGUUCUAGGAUAUCUUCUCACUUGGAAGUUGACAUUAACUUUCUUCAAAGCGGCUUCUUCUCAGCUGCGAGUUCUCUAUUCACAAUACCUUAGAAGAACUAAAAGCUUGAACAAACUGCUUUAUCACUUGUUCAGGCUUAUGCCUGAAAACCCUGUCCUUUCUGGGCUGACUUCAGAAGUUCCAAAUAAGGAUACAAAAACUUUCUUUACUGAAGAGCUUCAUUUAGAUGUCAAAGGGGCGGGAGCCCUGUCAUCCCAGAUCCCGCAUUUGGCUUGUUCUGUGUAUCAUAUAACACUGAAAGACUUGCCAGCCAUGGUUAGGCUUUGGUGGAAUAGCUGUGAGAAACGUGUCUUCAAUGUUGUGGAUAAAUUUACAAGCAAGUAUGUCAGCAGCGUGCUUUCUUCCCAGGAAAUAUCUUCUGUUCAGACUAGCACACAGCUAUUUAAUGGCAUGACGGUAAAAGCUCGGUCUGCUGCACGGGAAGUCAUUGCUACCUAUUCAGUUGAUGAUAUAUUUAUUGAACUAAUAAUACAGCUUCCAUCAAAUUACCCACUGGGAUCUAUAACAGUUGAGAGUGGAAAGAGAGUUGGUGUGGCUGUUCAGCAAUGGCGCAACUGGAUGCUGCAGUUAAGCACGUAUCUUACACAUCAGAAUGGAAGUAUUAUGGAAGGCCUAUCUCUGUGGAAAAAUAAUGUGGAUAAACGUUUUGAGGGCAUCGAAGAUUGCAUGAUCUGUUUUUCAGUCAUUCAUGGUUCCAACUAUUCUCUGCCCAAAAAAGCUUGCAGAACAUGCAAGAAAAAGUUUCACUCAGCUUGCUUGUACAAAUGGCUCACGUCCAGCAACAAAUCCACCUGUCCACUUUGUCGAGAGACAUUUUUCUGAAAUAAAACAGUCUGUCUUCUUUCUGUGAGCUAAGUAAUACACGAAGAAGAGGCAAUAAACUGUGUGUUGAAAGAAGCAAACUACUUGGAAAUAAUUUCUAUUACUUAAAAAUCUUGACUGUUGGGAUAUGACACAUAUUUACCUCUGGACUGUUUUUUUGUAAGAGAUUGAAGAGUCUUCUUUGAUAUAAAGAAAUAUAUAAGAAUAAUUUAUUUUGAUUUGUAUAUUUUUAAGGUAUUAAGAUAUGUUAAAAAUUCCUAAGUGAUGUAGAGUUAUGUCUGAAAAUUGGUGUUUAAGCCACAGCAUAGUUGAUUAAAACCUCUUAUUUUCAGUGUCAUGGUGGCAUGCACUUAAGGCCAGAUCAUGCCUAUUAAUAUAACAGGUGAAUUUAGAGUUGAUGGCAUAAAGACUUGAUUUUUUGAUUAUAGUAUAUGUGGGUUCACAAUAGUUCCUCUUAUGGGAAAGGUAAAACAAAAAAUAAAAAUAAUAAAAAAAAAGCUGCAGUUAAACAUUGAGGCAUGGACUUAGGGCGAUAACCUUCUGUUUAAAGUGUAAAAUUUAAACAUAGCAUGCUCUAAAUUAACAUUUAUAAAUUGAGCAUUCAUCUUUGUCUUAUAUUCUGAAAAAACCUCAGCCAACCAGCACUCAUGAAAACCCUGAAGUUUAAGGUAGUACAAAGGGCACUGUCAUUCCUGCAUGACAAUGAGAAACACUGCCCAUUUAUUGCAGACUGGUUUUUAAGAAGACGUGCACACCAAUCAAUUCUUCUAUUGUCAUUAUUUCAGUUAAUGUCUUUGUUAGCUGAGGCAUAAACUAUGACUGAAUUUACCAUGUCAUUCCAGUCAUAAAGUCUCAUAAUAAUAAGGGCUCUAAAUGAACAUGAUAGAUGUAUCAGAAUUUAACAUCGUUUUCAUUCCAAUAACCUUUUUUCAUGUUGUUGUUUUUUUAAUAGCAGUAGCAUACUAAUAUACUCCAACUUGGAUGGUGUUGUUCCAUGGCAGAUUCCUUGGAAAACUCAAUAAAAUAAGAGGAAUGAAUGAA